CAGACAGUAACACCCAAAGAACGGUUCGAAGCAGCAUCUAAGCAUGCCGCACUUCUUCGAGCCCUCUACAACCACCCCAAGACCGUAGUCGCCAAAUCCAAACGAGCUCUGGCUGACCGCUCCAAGAUGCCCGCGACGCUGUGGAACGUCCUGGAUUUCGAGGUCUCGACGUUCGAGCAGUACCUCGUUCCGCUACUCCCCCCCAGCGCCACCAAGAACUCCAAAGCUCUGGCAGAUGCAUGGGACUACACGGACCCUAACUUCAAAGAGGACGAGGCUGCACUGGCUGACGAUCUCUACCCCAAGAUGCAGUCUGCGGCCCUGAAGGAGAAAUGGUCGGAUGCGGCAGGACGGACAGUCAUGAUCACCAGCAUCAUCCUGGACAAGCCCCGGCAGAUUUUGUUCGGUGGUCCUUUGGACUUUGGACCUGAGGUCGAGGAGGCUGCGCGAGCGCUUCAG